AAAAUGAUUUAAUUGAUAUUUGGAUUAAUUUUCCAUUGAUAAUUUUUGUUGCAAAAGCUCCAUUUUUAAUUAGAACAUCAAUCAUCGAACUUUUUUUUUGCUGUUAUUUGAAUUAGCAACUAAAUAUCUUUCGAUAUUUAUUGUACUAAACUUUGGAAUUUGUUAUAAUGAUCUGAAAAUCCUAACAUGAAAAAACGUUCCGUUAAUUAUCUUUGUACAUUUUUUCGGAUUAGCUUUUAAUUCACACAUGGGGUCAUUUUGAUGAUAAUAAAUUUUUUUAAUAUCCAAAUUCUUAUGUGUGAAUAGCUUUUGAAAUUUGACAUGACAAAUAUAAUCGAAUGAUAAUUUUUCUGGUGAAAAAUGUACAUUUAUGAAUCGAAAAUGAAAAAAAACACGUCUGUUCAUGAAAUUUUAUCUGGCAACAUUCAUCGAUGAGUAUAAGAAUAAAAGAGAAAACACACUACAAUUUUUCAUUCAAGAUUUGCGGCUCAUUUGCUGGUCGUCCUUCAUCAUCGUUUCUUCAAACAUUCAAUGAAUUCAGUUCUGACCGUUUGUGAAUUAAUUUCUUUCAAAUCAUUCAUCAAAUAUUAUGGCUAGUGUUUUAUGUAGAAAUAAUUUUCUUCGAAAUUUAUCCAUUAAUUUUCGAUGUAAACAUAAAUCUAGAAGAUUUCAAUCCACAUCGAUCAAUACGAUUAUCGAUCCAUCGUUUGAAUUAACAACCGAUCAAAUACAAUUGCAGGAAAUGGCCUACAAUUUCAGUGUAAAUGAAUUUCGACCAUACAUGCAAGAAUGGGAUGAAAAAGAAUAUUUUCCACGUGAUCAAAUGAAAAAAUGUGCCGAACUAGGAUUUGGUGGUUUGUAUAUACCUAUCGAAGAUGGUGGUACUGGUCUUAGUCGACUGGAAACAUCGAUUGUUGUUGAAGCUUUAGCACAAGGUUGUGUUUCUACAACGGCAUUGUUGACCAUACAUAAUAUGGCUUCCAAUCUAAUCAGUAGUUAUGCUAAUAAAGAAUUGAAGAAAAAAUAUUUACCCGAUUUAAUUAGCUUUGAAAAAAUGGCAUCAUAUUGUUUAACUGAACCAGGUGCUGGAUCCGAUGCGGGUAAUCUGAGCACGAGUGCUGUACGCAAAGAUGGAUAUUACAUCGUAAACGGCAGUAAAGCAUUCAUAAGUGGUGGUGGUGAUAGUGAUGUAUAUGUAGUCAUGUGUCGCACAGGUCCUUCUGGUCCAAAAGGAAUUUCAUGCCUGUUAAUUGAAAAAGGCACCGAAGGUCUUAGUUUUGGUAAAAAAGAAAAAAAACUUGGCUGGAAUACUCAACCUACACGAGCGGUCAUCAUGGAAGAUUGUAAAGUACCAGUGGAGAAUUUAGUAGGUGAAGAAGGUCAAGGUUUUAAAAUGGCAAUGGAUGGCCUAAAUGGUGGUCGACUCAAUAUAUCGGCGUGUUCAUUGGGUGCAGCACAAUGGGCAUUAGAAGAAACGAUAGCAUAUACAUCGGAUCGUAAACAAUUUAAUCGUACAAUAGCUUCGUUUCAGAAUACACAAUUCAAAUUGGCUUUACUUGCUUCCGAAUUAGUUGCUUCACGGCUAUUUAUACGAUCGGCUGCAAGAAGAUUUGAUGCAGAAACCAAUGAUACUGAAAUGAAUGUCAAAACUGUGCCAUUACCAUCAUUAGUUGCGGCCGGAAAACUAAUAGCAACGGAAAAAGCAUUCAUGAUCAUUGAUCAAUGUUUACAAUUAUUCGGUGGUUAUGGUUAUCUAAAAGAUUUUCCAUUACAACAAUUAUUACGUGAUUCACGUGUACAUCGUAUAUUGGAAGGCACCAAUGAAAUUAUGCAGCUUAUCAUAUCACGUGAUUUUAUACAGAAAAAAUAAUUGAAUGAAUAUUUUCUUCUUAUUAUAAUAUUUCAAAGGUCAAAAAUUUUGACUCAUAAUAAAUGAAUUCCAUUCCCGACAUGAAAAAAA